AACAGCGCGAGGGAGCAGAUGAUGGAAGUAGGAAGGACACCGAUAAGUGAAGCAAGCCUCAGCGGAUUUGAGGAUCGUCUUUGCCAAUGGCUUACUGAAUGCCUUGAGCAUCGUGGCAUCAGCCUCCCCAAAGAAAAAAAGCUUUAUGACCGUCUUUUUGAAAAAGAGCUCAACGAAGAGCAGAUGAAAGAGUUAGAAGAAGACAUCACUCGUUUUAUUGAGCAUUUAGGGGUAACGCAUUACGUGAGUGCAAUCGCAGCUUGGUGGUCUGAAAUUUCGUGUUUGUACUGACAAAGAAUACGAAAGCAUUGCAGCAAGUGGAAGCAAAUCCCUGUACUCCAAGGUGUAUACAAAAAUACAGCCAUCUGCAAGGAGGUCCCAACACAUUGAAACAAAAGUCAUCGGAGAGUUUACGGUGAAAGGAGGCACAGAGGUAGUUGAGGAGUGCUGUGAGGCGGUCAUUGGAUGUCAGUUACAACCAGUCAGUAGCCUUGUUAAAAAUCCCUACAUCCAGCAGGUGGUGAAAGCAAGGGUACAAAAGUAUACAAAUGCAAAAAUUGGCAAUACUGGUGAUCGAUACCUAAUCUCAGUGUGUGGUUCGAUGCGAGAAAUGUAUCUGACAGUGGACACAGCUCAAGGAAACAUCAUCACCGUUACAUACAAAAAGGAAAAGGCCGAAAUAUUUGAUCUGAAGACUGAAACACUUCACCUUCGUGGUCUAGAAUUCUCCCUCACAAGUCAACUCUCCAAAUCUAGGACUCAAGCUGGGGCCACGGAUCAGGGAGGAGGUGGGAGUCAGGGAGGAGGUGGGAGUCAGGGAGGAGGUGGGAGUCAGGGAGGAGGUGGGAGUCAGGGAGUAGGAGGGAGUGUUGGAGGAGGAGGUGGAAGUCAGCAUCAGUUUCCAUUGGAGUACACGCUUGAGGUCAGCCGUGAUAGAGGAGCUCGAAUGCGCCUCGGAACGAAUUACAUGCACACACGGCUACUGCUAAAGAAUACAAGUGACCGUCACAAUUCUGGUGACACAAAGGAUUGGGUGAAGGGAAUGGAGCCCUACUACAUCCAGUGUGUCCACUCAUUUAGAAAGGGAUUUCUCUGCAUUAAACAGAGAGAGAGUUAUCACAGUAGUGGUCAUAGUGAAGAAGAAGAAAUCCGGAAAAAGUAUAAAGUUUGUAUCAAGGGACCAGAUUGUGCUAGCAGAGAAGAAGAUAAUUUCAUUAUGUUGUUUCGACUGCACCCUAUAGCUGCACCCUGUUUAGCCAAAGAGUAAGAAGCAGUGACUGCAUAAUUAUUAUGUAGCUAGCAAGGCUUAAAUAGACCUUACAUUAUGUAUAGUAAACCUCUCACACACUCUUUGAAAAUAAUUU